UGAUUGGUUGUUGACACGCACGUGCCGGCUGUGACGCAGUGUCGUUGAUUGUCAUGGCGGCUGAACCCGCACGCGAGUGGAGCGAUGAGCAGCUGAAGAGUGAAGAAAUACCGAAGAAAGAUGUUAUUAAAUUCAUCCAGGACAACGCGGCACACUCGUUUCUGUCUGAACACAAACUGAUGGGAAAUAUCAAGAAUGUGGCAAAGACGGCCAAAAAAGAGCAACUUCUUGAAGCCUAUAACCAACUGUUCUUGAGCAAGAGGUUUAAGGGUACAGAUGUUGAUGUGGUGACACAAGAGGUGAAAGCUGUAAAACUUGAUGACAAUCCUAAACAAGUGAAGACAGAAGUUGUAGAAGAUGAGGGUCCUCCUAAAUUCACCAAAUCAAUUCUUAAGAAAGGCGACAAGACAAAUUUCCCCAAGAAAGGAGAUACAGUGGGCUGCUGGUACACGGGAACCCUUGAGGACGGGACCGUGUUUGAUACAAACAUACCUGCAUCUGCAAAGAAGAAGAAACAGACGAAGCCUCUGAUCUUUAAAGUCGGGAUGGGCAAAGUCAUCAGAGGGUGGGAUGAAGGUCUGAUGAAGAUGAGUAAAGGUGAAACUGCUCGACUUGAGAUUGAUCCUGAAUGGGCAUACGGGAGAAAAGGAGUUCCUGACUCAAAAAUUCCACCAAAUGCAAAGCUGAUUUUUGAGGUGGAGUUGGUUUCUAUUGAUUAAUCACUGAUGAUGAUGAUGAUGAUGAAGAACACAGAAACACUUCACUAUAACUCACAUAUUCUUUUGUUUCGCUACUCGCAUUUCAUGGAGAUUGUUGGAAUGAUGAUGACUUCGAAAGCUGCAUGACUGUCAUGUUACAAUAAAAAAUAAACUCUGAACACAA